GAAUUUUCUGAUCUGAUUUAUUUAGAAAAUCUGCUACUUAUCAAAGAUUGAUAAUAUAUUUGCUACUUAUCCCAUAUAUUUUGUGCAAUUAUUAUAAUUGCCUUUCUUUUGAAUAUAAAUGAAUAAUAAUUAAUUGAUUAUCAAUAUGAUGCAGCAAUAUAUAAAGGAGCUGGAGCAGGAACCCUUCGAUGCCAAAGAAUUUGUUGAAUGCCUGGCUUGGAGAACUAUUGCGGAAAUAAAGCAAGACGGAAAGGGAGAUUUCAAUGCUUCGUUGCUACAUGAAUCUUUUAUACAAGCUAUUAAAGACUUGACAUUACUUCAAGAAAGACAGCAGAAGAAGUGUGAACGUUUGGAAGCUGUAGUUAAGGAGGAUGAAGAAAUUUUUUGUAAGAAGGUGCAAGGUUUCCUUGAACAGAAUAAACAAACAAUAAGUCAUUUUCAAGAGUUAGAUGGAAAAAUCAAUCAUGUAGCUACCAAAGUUUUGCAUUUGGGAGAUCAGUUAGAUAGUGUCAAUGGACCUAGAGCACGUGUGGUAGAAGCACAGAGAUUAAUGACACACUUGAGUGAAUUUAUAUCAACAGGACCUCUAACUUCCUUUCUCUUCACAGAUCCAAAAAGGAUCGAUGAUGCAGCAGAUAUUAUUCAGAAAUUAUACCUGAUAUCACAAGAUUUACCAUCUCCUAAAUUUGAUGGUGUGAAAAGAAAAAUAGAGAGGAAAUAUGAUGAAAUUGAAAGAACUCUCAUUGAGGAAUUUGUGAACGAACAGAGAGUGGGAAAUCUGAAAAGAAUGCAAGAAAUAGCUGCAGUACUUUCGGAUUUCAAAAAUUACACACACUGCAUUGAUGCUUUUAUUGAACAGAGUCAAGAGGGUUGCCUCUCAACAAAUGAUGUGUUCACAUAUAUUUUCAAAUUAUGUGAGAAUAGUGAGGAAAUCAUAAAAAAAGUAUUCGUCAAUCCAGAACAGGUUAUGGCAAAAUUUGUCUUGAAUAUCUAUCAGCUGAAAAUUGCUGAAUACAUUGCAAAAAAUCUGGAUGGCGCCACUGAUUCAUAUGCUUACUUAUGUAAUUUAUAUGAUUUGUAUCUCAAGACCAACCAGUUAUCCAGUGAAUUAUCUGUUUUCAACUUUGGAACUGAUAGUAAUUAUUUAGAAAAGUUGACCAGCAACAUAUUCAAUAAAUAUGUUGAUAAUUAUAUCAAUCUUGAGCUGAAAUGUCUACGAGAACGAAACAGUGCAAAUCUUCAAAAAUAUUAUGAAUCCAAGCAUCAUCAAAAGAAACCAUUACAGUCUGGAGGAUUCCAAGAUUUAAGGAGAGAUAUACAGGCUGUGAUUGGUACCAGAACUAAUAUUAAUAUAGUGCAAAUCGAAAAUUAUGGUGGUGAAACAUUUCUUUCUGAAGAGUUGGCUAUCACAAUACUGCAAGACACGAAAAAUGCGUUUCAAAGGUGUGAAUUGUUGUCCAGAGCGGAAGAUAAAGCAAACAACGCUUCCCAGAUAUUAGAUAAACUGAUGAAUUCCUUGUUGAUUGAACAUGUUGAUUAUGCCUUAGAACUUGGACUUCAGUCUGUGCCUGUUGUAGAAGGUUCACGAUCUCCACCAACUAUUUAUUUUUUUACAGUUGUCCAUCAUGCAAACAGCAUUAUUCAUUUGGUGGAAAAACAAUUUUCUGAUGUUGUUAUACCAUUGAUCAGCAAUACCGUUAAGUACGAUGAUUGUGUGGGAAGAAGAAAAUUUAUAUUAGAAGAUAUUGAAAAAAAGAUAAACAUCGGCUUGGAAAGGUCUUUAAAUGCUAUAACUACUUGGGUUAAAUUAUAUUUACAAACGGAACAAAAAAAGAGCGAUUUUAAACCAGAAACGGAUGACUUCGACACUGUUGCAAGUCCAGCUUGCAAACAAGUUUCUCAAUAUAUAACAGGAGUUAUCAAAGAAAUUAGUGGAAACUUAGAUGGCGUUAGAGUUAAUCAGGUAUUGCAAGACUUAGGUCUGAAAUUGUACAAGAUUGUGUACGAUCACAUGCUGCAAUUUCAAUAUAAUACAGCAGGUGCCAUGGUUGCCAUAUGUGAUCUCAAUGAAUAUCGAUCAUUCACAAAACCUUUGGGUCCAGUCACUGCAGAGCAAUUUGAAACGCUUCAUGCUCUCUGUAAUCUGCUUUUAGUUAAACCUGAAAAUUUACAGCAAGUCUGUUCUGAGGAUUCUCUGGUAAAACUAGAUAAGUCUAUUUUAUACAAUUUCAUUCAACUCAGAAGCGAUUUCAAAUCACAGAAGCAAAAUUUCUUCAAAGCAUAACUUUGUAAAAAGGUGCGAAUCUAAAAUUCACUGCUUACGUUAUCAAUUCAAGUUCAAUAUGUAAUAAAUUUAUUAAUUAAACUACAGGUUCAACUAUGAAAUUAAAAGUAUUCUAUGGGCUGAUAUCUUUUUAUUAUCUUAUUAGUAAUAAAUAGUAUAGGCAUGUGGUACAAAUUAUUAUUCUGUAGAUUUAUACAUUUCAUUUUAAAAUUAUUCUAUUCAAAAUAUGUCACAAAUAUUCCAAUUAUUUCUCCUAGAGUAUAAUAAAAUGUCAACACUACAUUUACAAAAAGUAAAUUUUUUUUUCUAAGAA